AUGUUGCAAGCUCAACAACCACUACCAUCACCAUCACUUCAUGGUGAUGAGAGCCAGCAAUACAAGGAUCUUCUUCAAAGUCAGAGUAAAAAGUAUCGUGAAAUUAACGACCAACUGUCGAGUGUGUUGAGUCAAUAUGAAGAUCUUCGUCCUCCUAAUAUUGUAGUGAUUGGAGAACAAAGUGCUGGAAAGAGCUCUGUCUUGGAAUAUUUGAGUGGUAUUCGAUUUGUCACUGGGGCUGCUCAACUCGAAAAAGCCAUUGAUGAUUUGACAAAACUCCAUCUUCAGUUUGAAGGAAACAAUAGUUGUAUUUCGAAUCAACUCAUUGAGGUCGAAGUGACUUCUCCACAUGUGCCAGAUCUCACAUUGAUCGAUCUUCAUGGUUUUAUUGCAACCUCAGGUGUUGACAAUCCAACCUUAAAAGAUGACAUUCGACAAUUAGUCAAACAAAAUCUCACCGAUCGAGAUUGUAUCCUGAUUGUGGGUGAAGCAGGUCGAGAUUUACAAACCAUUGUGGGAUUUGAGGAAGCAAGAGAGAAGGAUCCUUCUCAGAAAAGAACAUUGUGUGCCUUCCAAAGGGAUCUAAAGGAAGAAGGGCCUUAA